AAUCUAUUGAGGUUUAUCGUCAAUAAUAAUCAAAUAUUGUUGAUAUAAAAAUACGUCUCAUCAUCUCCGCCUCAUUACUGGAACUCAAUACAUCAAUUAAAAACUAUAUAGAUAACCGGAACUUUUUUGCGGAAACAGGAAGCAAAACGAAGUCUCCUUCCUUAGUGGAUUCUGUGGCGCAGUCCUAAAUUUCAAACAUAAGGCGCGUAAGUAGUUAGCUUGCUGAGUAGUUAAAAGCAAGCGAUUUCUAAUUGUUUUGACUUCUGUCAUUUAAAGCGGUAUAAAAAACAGCAUUUAGCUCGAUAACCUUACUUAAUCUGCCAUAUUGAUACGACCAUAAUAUUGCGAUCUUUCUGGAUCCAUAAUGGUUGAAGGACCGGGAUGCACACUAAAUGGAGAGAAGAUACGUUCAAGAGUGAAGACCGGACAAAAAGUUGUAGAAAUUCGUGGAUCAACACCAAAAAAAAAUGAGCCUCAAACAAACUCCUUCCAGGUAUUUGGGGGGUGCCAGUACACUGGUGUGGAGACGUUGGGGAAAGAACUCUUCUUGUUUUUUGGCCAAAGAGCUCUGAGAGUUCACUUUGGAAUGAAUGGCUCCAUGAGGGUAAACCCAUGUGACCGGCAGCUGGGGAAGGGCACGCCCCCUGCGCUGAAAGUGCAGCUGACCAGCGAUACCGUCUGUUUCUUCGACUCAACUGUGGAAAUCAGACUUUCGGAGCCCUGUGUGCUGAAAGUGAGGGCCAUGGAAAGUUUGGAUGUCUGCUCAUCCAAAUUCAGCUUCUCUCGAGCAGAAGACGUGGUGAAAAGGGCGGGCUGUCGCAUGUUGUGUGAUGUACUUUUAGACCAAUCAGUCCUGCCGGGAGUGGGAAACAUAAUUAAAAACGAAGCUUUAUUCGACAGUGGACUUAACCCUGCAGUUAAGGUCAACCAACUGACAGAAGUGCAGAUCCGUCAUCUAGUGAAGAUGACGCGUGACUUCACCCUGUUUUACAAGUGCCGUAAAGCCGGAUCUCCGCUCUACAAACAUUACAAAGUGUACAAACGGCCGACCUGCGGUCAGUGCGAUGGGAAAGUCACCGUCUGUCGACUUGGAGAGGACGGGAGGAUGACGUACUUCUGCCAGCGCUGUCAGAACGCGGACGCGGGCCAGGUUAACGUCGGCAAGCUUCCCAGCAGGAACAGUUUGGUGGGCUGGGUGCACGGCCGAGGGUUGGGGAGCAGUGAGGAGGUGUGUAAGGAGGAGGAGCAGGAGUGGGCCUGUCACCUCUGCACUCUGAUAAACAAGCCCAGCGGCAGGUCAUGUGAUGCCUGUCUGACCCCGCGACCUGAGCGUCCCAAAGAGCGAAUGAAAGAGGACUUUUCCGCUUUUAGCCCAGAUUUGAUCAAGUACCCCUGCAAUGCCUUCUCCAAACCACAGGAGGAAGUGAAAUUCAACCGAAGAGCCGCGUUCGGAACCUCCACCCUCAUUUUCACCGGUCUGAGCGGAAAGCCUUCCCCGAUGAAAAGUCCCGCACUCCGUUCCGGGAGGACUUGUUUGAAUCCUCUCACUUCGCAGAGAGAUUUAAAUAAACAUAACCUCAGUCUGGGGAACACAAGUCCCAAUUAUGGCUCCGGAACUUUCCGGAGAAGGAGCUGGGCCCUCUCCAGUGGGGAAUUUGAGGCCUCCUGCAGUCAGCCGCAGAAGAAAAUGAGAAUUGAUCACGAGUCUUUUUCUGAGAACAAAGCGCCGACUAGACAUCGUAACUUAACAAGGAGCCCAGAGGAGAGCGGACCCUCCCCUCCCGCCGUCCCCUGCUGUGAGGCCCACCGACGCCCCUGUGUGCUUCGAGUGGUCCGAAAAGAGGGGGAGAACCAGGGCCGCCAGUUCUUCGCCUGUUCCCUCCCUCGAGAAGCCCAGUGCCAAUUCUUUGAGUGGGCGGACCUGCACUUCCCCCUCUGUAACCAUGGGAGACGCUGCAUCAUGCGAACAGUCUUGAAACUUGGACCCAACAACGGACGCAACUUUUAUGUAUGUGCUCUCGGAAAAGCCAAACAGUGCGAGUUUUUCCAGUGGGCGGAGAACGGCCCCGGAGUAAAGAUCGUUCCUGGUUGCUGAGGCAACCGUCAACCCCAGCAUCUGCUGAAGUCCAGAAUGGUAUUUCUCCCGCUGUUCUUUAUUGGUGUUAUGUGCUGCAUGUCUACAGCUAGUUCUAGGGUCAUGUCCGUACACAAAUUUCUUAGCUUAUGUGUGUUGCCAAAUGUCUGCUAUUUACUGUGUAUUAAUGUGCUAAACUGUAUCUGUAUAAAGUGUAUAUUUUGGAAUGGAACUAAUUGUACUGUAAAUGUUGCACUUCAUCUGCGAUGCACUAAUACAUUGGUUUAUAAAUGGACUGCAUAAACCAUUAUAAAAGUAUCAACCAAGUCAGUUAAAAAAAUGGAAUCAUUAGCCCCAAUACAUACAUUUUGUAGAAUAGUGUUUUUUAUUUCAACUGCAGAUACUAUUCAAAAAUAAUAAA